AUGGACCGCAGGGCGGUCGUGACAACGCCGAACGCGACCUGGAUGCCCGAGUUCCCUGUCGCAACACCGGGUCGCAUCUGCACUCGCGUGGACGGGCGAUGGGGGCCUCAGGAGUACUCCAUCUGGCCCCAGCUCUAUCACUCCAACGUCGUGCACCAUGCAUGUAUCCCCGCCAAGGACGCGAACUUCCUUGGUCUUAGUUUCAAGUAUAAUGUAAUUUACGAUCCUGUGCCCGAAGGCGAGUGGGAGCUAGACCUCGCGUGUGGCGUGCCGGACUUGGGUCGUCUAAAGCCGCCGUUCCUUGCGCUCCUCGGCGCCGAUGCGCGCGGCGUGAUGCAGAGGUUUCAACGAGUCGGUGGAGGGACGAUUGAAGACCAAAAAAAGUUCGGCUACCACCUCUGCGCGACCAUCAGGCAGGCCCUCGACCGACUUACUAUACUCCCGACUUGGCGCACGCAUGUCAUCGCCGUCGCCGCCCACGUCUCUAGGCUCUGUCUGGAGCUUCUGGGGCUCAUCGUUCUCUUUGAAGUCGUACAGCCUCGCGUGCGCCACCCCUCGCGCCCUGCCAAGGAAGCCCUGCCCCUGCGCGGAGCCUUUACGAACAACCCUGCCACCGCGCAGGGCCUGUUCAGGCUGGGGAUACCUGUUUGGUUCAUCCAGCCGCUCACCAAGCUCGUACGCGUUCGAGAGGUCUACUCCUACCCCGACGCGAUCUCCUCUAAGAUGAGUGAGGAGCUGUCGUACCCGCGGUUGUAUAGUGGGGAGGGAGACCUGUCGGCGAUAGUCCAACACCCAGGGGACUGGCCCUUCAAGAUGCAGCAGGAGGUCCUCCAAACCUUACUGGAUGCUGACCUGUCGUCCAUGCCCAGUGAAGGUGAAGAUCCGACGUCAGCUUCGCCCGAUGCCCGCCCGACGAAGAAGGCGCGACUGGACGCUGAUGGCGGGCGCAAGAAUGUUCAAGCUCCCCCCUCCACGUCGCGUCGAUCUUCGCGCCCUACUCACCGCGGACACCGCAGUCAGGCUCCGGCUGUUGAGCCCCACCCGUCGUUAAGGUACAAGCCUCUGAUGGAAUGCCCGGUCCCGAUCAUGUGGGCGUCCGCCUUGUCGGCCGUCGGUACCCUCCCUCCUCCGAAAUCAUCGUCAAUGUACUACUGGCCGCCGCCGUUCGUCUUCGAAGGUCCCGGAGACAAAAUCAACAGAUAUUUCCGUAACUACGUCCGAAUCCGACAUUUUCUACGCCAACGUCUGCUCGACCCGACCAUCAAUGCGGCGCCGCUCCGCGUGGUUGAAUGGCGUGACGCCCUUUGGGGUGAUUACAAGGUACAGGCCGACGAGCCGUCGCAGAGCAAUAUCGCGUCUCGGAGCAAGGAGCGACGACAGCUCCAGGAGAACAUCCGGCGGCUGUUCUCCGCGACUGCAGGACUCCCCUCGUACGACGCAAGUCAGACUGGAGAAUGGGGCUCGACCUCCGUGAUGGCUGAGAACGUCAAGCAAAGCAGCUUGCGUGCUCAGAUACUCUGGGAGAUCCACGAGGUGAACUGGCGGUGCGAGCUUCGUGAGCUCGAUAGUGUACUUACUGGGUCGCGUGUCUGGGGGACCUUACAACGCUGGGAACGUGAAUCGGCCGUGUGUCGCGUCUGGAGUGCUGAGGGUUCGGGGCUCCGGGUGAUACCUCUUUGGGAGCAGGACGGGAGAUCGGGUGCAUCGUGGGUCUCUCCACCACAGCCCCAGUGGACUGCUGCCCGCGCAACGUUUCGCGAGCUGCUCCGCGUGAUGGCUCGGUGGCCGGGACUGCCGGAGGAGUUGAAGGUCAGUCCCCCGGAAGCGAUCAUAGAGUACACGCCCGAGGACUACGAACGAUUACAACGCUCCGUCUUAGCAUUUUACGUCCGCUCCUUCGUUAAUGUCUUCCACCGUCUUCCUGUCUCCCCCGCUGUGUUCCCCGACAAUUGGUUGUAA